AUGCAUGCGUUGGCCUGUGUUCAUCAGGUGAUGGAGCUGCUGGUUCACGUGAACAAACGGCUGAAGAGCCGUCCGGCCGUCAAGCUACCCGUGGACACGCUGCUGUUGCAGUACCAGGACCCUGCAGCCACCAGCUUCCUCAAGAAUUUUACAGUGAUUUACCUGAAGAUGGGCUUCCCUCGACUGGACCUGGCCAAGCAGGCGGAGCUGGCCAUCUCAAUGCUCAUUAGUCUGGAGGACAGCCCACAGUCUCAUCAAGACCCGCUGCUGUCCCUGGUGGCGUGCCUGCUGGGCACGGUGGUGCCCGUGACUGCUCCGGUGACCCCCUCCCCCGCCCGCAGGCUGCUGUCCCUGGUGGCGUGCCUGCUGGGCACGGUGGUGCCCGUGGCCGCUCCGGUGAUCCCCUCCCCCGCCCGCAGGCUGCUGUCCCUGGUGACGUGCCUGCUGGGCACGGUGGUGCUGCUGUCCCUGGUGACGUGCCUGCUGGGCACGGUGGUGCCCGUGGCCGCUCCGGUGACCCCCUCCCCCGUCCGCAGGCUGCUGUCCCUGGUGACGUGCCUGCUGGGCACGGUGGUGCCCGUGGCCGCUCCGGUGACCCCCUCCCCCGUCCGCAGGCUGCUGUCCCUGGUGACGUGCCUGCUGGGCACGGUGGUGCUGCUGUCCCUGGUGGCGGACGUGCUGGGCACGGCAGACUUUAGCGGCGAGCGAGCGCGCGCCGACAUCGCCGCCCUCAGGGAAAAGCCGGCCGUGCUCGAUCUGCUACUGGACUUCAUGCUGGACUUGCUGCUGCUGCCUUACGGGUAUGUGAGGCCGCGGCCCGCCGAGUGGCCGCCUCCGGCCGACCGACUGGAGCGGCUCAAGGCCGGCCUGGUGCGCUUCCUGGCUCAGGGCCUGCUGCCGGCGGCGCGUGUGGCUCCCCAUCUGCUGGUCGCCAUGGCCGACACCCGCUUCACCGUCGCCAACCUAGCCGAUAUGGAGCUCAAGCGGCUCAGUGACCUGGACUGGGAGGAGCCGGCACUGAUCGCCAAGCUGUGCGACAUCUACCUGGGCACGCUGGUGCCCAAGGACAAGCCGAGCCAGGCGCCCAAGCAGGAGCUGCGCCGCCAGCCGGUCAGCACGCGCAUACGCCUCAAGCUGCUGCCGUACCUGACCCGCUCCCGCACGGCCGCCACCAUGUUCCCGCAGUCGGUCCAGGUGAUGUUUGACAGCUUCUAUGGCACCAACACCAAUCCCAAGUUGAAGCUGCUGGCUCUGCAGCUCACCAAUCAAAUAAUCCAACACUCGACAGAGGCGCGGCUGUCGCAGCUGGGCGCCAUGAUCCUGGGCGUACUGCACAGCGUGCUAGUGGAGGAGCGCACCGACGCCCGGCUCCGCUCGGCUGCCUACACCGCCGUCGGCCAGCUCGGCCAGAAGCUGCCGGCCGUCAUCACGCGCGACCUCAGCGUCAUCAAGGUCUUCUUCGACGCCAUCGAGCAGGAGGAGUCAGAGACGGGCCAGUUCGUGCAAGACACGCUGCAGCUGCUGGCGCCGUCGCUGCGCCAGCUGGACGAGGCGCAGCAGACGGUGAUGGAGGCGCUGCUGACCUCGUGUCUGGAGCGCGAGAGCGUGCGCGUCCGCCAGGUGGCCGUGCAGUACUGGGCGGUGGUGUUCCCCGAGCGGCACGCCGGCUCCCGACUGCAGCUGCUGCUGGCCACCGCCGACAGCAAGGAAGAGGUUGCCGCAGAAGCGCUGAAACAUCUCAAAAUUCUGGAGAAGGAUGUGCAGGAUAGCUCGAAGGCCCGUGAGUUCCCGGACUUCGCGGAGAUGGUCAACUGCGUGACCAAGAAGGCUGGCGAGCGGGAAGCCAAGAAGCUGGUGACAACCUUAGGCAACAGCACCCUACCGUUUCCUCCGAAAGCCUUCGCGAUGAUGAUCCGCUACCUGAGCCUGUGCCUGCAACACCAGGCGUCGCCGGCCGCGCCGGUGACGCUGGAGCUGGCGCGCGGCCGCGCCGCCGGCCUGUCGGUGGCGCUGCAGGCGCCGCCGCUCUCCGGCCCGGUGCAGGCGUACCUGCGGCUGACGCUGGUCUCGUACCCGCGCGAGCCCGUUCGCCUGUACGCCGCCGAGCUGUACGGCGUGGUGGCCGCCGCCAGCCUGGACGACCAGCCGUUCGCUGACGCUCUCCGACACAUGCAUCAGCUGGCCGUCAGCAAGGUAUGA